GACUCCUUCUGCCACCUUGAUCGGAGAUCCCAGAGCUGUGUAAGAGAGAACAAAAUCAGUGGAGAAGGCUAGGCUGGACCAUGGGAGAGAGGCAGAGGAACGGAUAGGAAUUUAAGGAGCAGAUGCCGACUCAGUGUUCCUGGCAGUUAAGAGAACAGGUCCUCGAAGGGGCCUUGAUGGGUCGCCGUGACGACAGGGGUUGGGGCUGGCGCCGGCGCGCUAGCAGCGGGAAUUCUUUGGUAUCUGUUCCGGUGCGUGCUCCUCCUUAGCAGCUAGCGACUCGUUUUCUUCAGCGACCCAGAGUCUGCGUCCCAGCGCGGACUGGUGCGGGCUCCACGGCCCCAGUGGUAGCUAGGAGCCAUGCCGGCGGUUUUGGGUUUUGAAGGCAGCGCCAACAAGAUUGGCGUGGGAGUAGUACGGGACGGCGUGGUGCUGGCGAACCCGCGGCGGACUUACGUCACGCCUCCUGGCACAGGAUUCCUUCCAGGUGCUACUGCCAGGCACCACCGAACUGUUAUCCUGGACCUGCUGCAGGAGGCACUAACAGAGGCUGGAUUAACCUCCAAGGAUAUUGAUUGCAUUGCCUACACCAAAGGUCCUGGCAUGGGUGCCCCACUGGUUUCUGUGGCUGUUGUAGCCCGUACUGUGGCUCAGUUGUGGAAUAAGCCACUGCUGGGCGUUAACCACUGCAUAGGCCACAUUGAGAUGGGCCGCCUCAUCACUGGAGCCACCAGCCCAACUGUGCUAUAUGUCAGUGGAGGAAAUACACAGGUGAUUGCGUAUUCAGAACAUCGUUACCGCAUCUUUGGGGAAACCAUCGAUAUUGCUGUGGGUAAUUGUCUGGAUCGUUUUGCUCGAGUGCUGAAGAUUUCCAAUGACCCAAGUCCAGGCUACAACAUUGAACAGAUGGCAAAGCGAGGCAAGAAGCUAGUUGAGCUGCCAUACACUGUAAAGGGGAUGGACGUCUCAUUCUCAGGGAUCUUGUCUUUCAUUGAGGAUGUAACCCAGCGGAUGCUGGCCACGGGCGAGUGUACUCCUGAGGAUCUAUGUUUCUCCCUGCAGGAAACUGUGUUUGCAAUGCUGGUAGAGAUCACAGAGAGAGCCAUGGCACAUUGUGGCUCCCAGGAGGCCCUCAUCGUGGGAGGUGUGGGGUGUAAUAUGAGGUUACAGGAAAUGAUGGAGACGAUGUGCCAGGAGCGCGGAGCCCAGCUUUUUGCCACAGAUGAGAGAUUCUGCAUUGACAAUGGAGCCAUGAUAGCCCAGGCUGGCUGGGAGAUGUUUCGGGCUGGACACACGACUCCUCUCAGUGAAUCUGGGGUCACACAGAGGUAUCGGACAGAUGAAGUAGAAGUGACCUGGAGGGACUAACAAGAUUAACAGAAUCGGAGUAGAUAGCGCCCUAAGUGGAGCCCAAGGGACCCUGGGCCUUAAUCUUUAUCCUGACGUAAGAAUCCUGGCAAGGCUAUGUAUGCCCCUCUCCUAUCAUUUGAACCUCAAGAUGACUCAGCAUUAAAAUAUUUUUGUUUUUA